GAGUUCUGAGACCCCUCCACACCUGUGGGACAUUGGUUCUUUAUUAGACAGCAUCCGCAUACGAUUUAGCCCGUAUAGAGAGUCAGCAUUGUGUGAUUGAGAAGAAGAUAUACGAGACUAGAGGAGGGGGGUCUGCAUUUUACAGAUUCCAUCCCGGGUUGUUGGACAGGGAAACCCUGCAUGCAGAACCGCAGGACUGAGUACAGCUGAUGCAGGCAGCAUGAUGAUUCCUCGUACAUAGUGACUAACUCGGUUGACUGUUUAGGAAAGGUGGAUGGAUUGUUCCAUUCAUUCUGCUUCUUGGUUACACCGUAGAAGGAAAUCUCGUAUCGGAAGUAUGCAGAGCUGAUGACCGCCAGAUGGUUCACGGUUGUGGGAAAGCGGGGAAAUGCUUGUCUGGAUCAGUAUAAAGAUGGCGGAUCUAGCUAUGAUCAUGACGGACAUAACCACAGAAUCUUUUUACUUUCGUACUUGAUCCAAGCACAAGCUCGACAAUAUGCAGCAGCCAAAGGAUGCAACUCAAUUUAUCAUUGAUCAGCAGAAGCAAGUCCGACAGAGCCUACCGUUUGAUGACAAGAGAGACUUUGUCAAUGCGGGUAGGGGUUUGAGAGGCCGUCUGAAGCCCAACACCAUCAAGAAUAGUGAAGACGACGUGGUCUGGGAUAAUGACGCUUAUGGAUUCCUGGAGAACGACUCGCCAGACACGGCCAAUCCGAGUCUGUGGCGCCAGUCCAGACUCGCCCAUCUAGAUGGGCUGUACCUCGUCACCGAAGGCAUCUAUCAGGUUCGCGGGCUCGACCUUUCAAACACAACGAUCAUCGAAGGUGAACAGGGCCUUAUUGUCAUCGAUCCCCUUACUUCCAAGGAGACCGGGACCGCUGCACUUGCUCUUUACCGGGAGCAGCGUGGCACCGACAGGGCCAUCCGGGCUAUCAUCUAUACGCACUCGCACGCCGACCACUUCGGCGGUGUGAAAGGGUUCAUCAGCGACGAGGACGUCGCAACAAAUGACGUCAAGAUCCUCGCCCCCGAGGGCUUCCUGGAGCACGCGGUCUCGGAGAACGUCUUCACGGGAACUUCCAUGAGUCGACGCGCCGCGUACAUGUAUGGCGCGGCCCUCCACCAGGGACCCAAGGGCCAGAUCGGUGCCGGACUCGGCCAGACCAUCUCAACAGGAACCGUCACCCUCAUUGCGCCCAAUGUGGAUAUCAAGCGCACGGGUGAAAAGAAAACCAUUGACGGCAUCGAGAUGGUGUUCCAGAUGGCGCCGGAUACUGAAGCGCCCGCCGAGAUGCUCAUCUACUUCCCCCAGUUCAAAGCAUUAUGCGCGGCCGAGGAUGCCACUCACACGUUCCAUAACAUCUUGACCCUCCGUGGAGCUGUGGUCCGAGACCCGCAUUCCUGGGCCAAGUACUUGACCGAGACCAUCGAUCUGUUCGGGAGUGAAGCCGAAGUGGUCUUUGCAUCCCACCACUGGCCGACCUGGGGCUCGGACAACGUGCGAGAGUUCCUCACCUUCCAGCGCGACCUCUACGCCUAUGUACAUGACCAGACCCUCCGCCUGCUAAACAAGGGGUACAACGGUCCCGAGAUCGCAGAGAUGUUGACCCUCCCGCCUGCGCUCGAUCAGGCCUGGAAUUCUCGCGGCUACUAUGGCUCGUUGAACCACAACGUCAAAGCUAUCUACCAGCGCUACUGCGGUUGGUUUGACGGCAACCCGGCCCAUCUCUGGGAACACACGCCCGUCGAGAGGGCCAAGCGCUAUGUCGAGCUCGCGGGCGGAGAAAGAGAGCUGAUCCGCAAGGGCCGCGAGGCAUUCAACUCGGGGGACUUUCGCUGGGCAGCCGAGGUGCUCAAUCACGCAGUUUUCUCGAACCCUGAGAACCCCGAUGCGUGUAAUCUCCUCGCCGACGUAUACGAGCAGCUCGGAUACGGGGCGGAAAACGGCACCUGGAGAAACUUCUUUAUAUCCGGAACAACCGAGUUGCGCAGUGGCAAUUUUGGAACGCCUACCCAGUCGGCCUCGGAUGAUGUGGCGAGACAGCUCACGCCCGACAUGGUCUUUGACUCUCUCGCCAUUCAAAUUAACGGUCCCGAGGCCUGGGAUAAGAAGCUGGCUAUUGAUGUGGUUGUCAGCGACGCGGGAGUCACCUACCGUCUGUGGUUGUCGAACGCUGCCCUUGUAUACAGCACGGCUCCGCAGCCUGGUACUGCCGACGUGACCAUGACGGGGACAACAAAACAACUUCCUGCACUUGUGGUGUACGGGCCUCAUCCAAAGGCUCUGGAGAAGGCAGGUAUCCAAAUUGAUGGCGAUCGCAGUGUACUUCACACAUUGUCACGCCUUCUCGACCCGGGUGACCCCGACUUCAACAUUGUGACUCCAUAGGGAGAGCACAGGUUAAUUGACGGUAGAUUGACUACUUGGUAGCUAUCAGGUAUUUCAGUUCUUCUCAACGAAGGAACAAUUUCCAGACGAGUUGUUGAAGCUCCAUUGGGAAAUCUCAGGCAAGGAAGCUCGGAUUUCUUCUUGCUGCUCCUGUUGUUUACGGCGAUAUUUUAUGAGCGGAUGGCAAGCCCACAAAAC